UAACCUUCGUACAGAUCAGGAUACAUAGGGACGUCAGAUGAGUCGAUACUGUCUUACAGCGAAGAUGCAGACUGGAAGUAUUGUUUUUCUGAUUUCGAUAUAUGUGUGUUUUGGAGAGGGGAUCAGUGUGAAAAAUGUAAAUGACAAACUGAAAUAUAACGAUUGUGAUGAUGUGUUGCGGAGUGGCAGUUACCGGGAAUCUGGGAACUAUGUUGUAUUCCUCAACAGCUCGGAACCUUUGCAGGUUUACUGUAACUUUGAAUCUGUAGAAGCCAGGACACCCAUCAUGCAACAGAAGUACGGUCGUGAGAAUUUCCAACGCUACUGGCACGAUUAUGAGUACGGGUUUGGGAACGCGGCCAGUGGUGACUUUUGGAUGGGCCUAAAGCAUAUGAAGAGACUUACAGACACCGGUUUUAACGUCCUCACGGUUACGCUGCAAGAUUGUAAAAAUACAAUCAAAGUUAUCCGAUACAAUUACUUCCGCUUGGGACCAGCUUAUCAACGUUAUCCGUUAAGAAUUGGCAGUUACGUUUCGAGCUCUGUCCUACCUGAUGACUUUUACCACAACAAUGGCAUGCAGUUUGCGACCAUCGAUCGUCCCGACCAUCAUAAUUGUGCCACCCACCAGAGAGGAGGCUGGUGGUAUAAUUACUGUAGCUUCAGUCUCCCGACGGGACGUUAUUACAUCGGCUGUUAUUACAAACCAUCCGGCGGCUUUUAUGACGGUAUUUACUACAAAGAUUGGCACGGCUUCGGAUAUUCGUUGAAAUAUAUCAAAAUGGAAUUGUCUCUCUACUAACAUGUUCAGUGUAUGAGUUACUUUCUUAUAUAGAUAGUGCUUGAACUUUGUCCUUACUGACAGAAUUAAAAGAUGCAUCAAUUUC